AUGUCGAACACCAACUACCCCAACCUCAACCCCCAGCUGCAAAACGCAAAGGACGCUGUCGUUAACAAUGCCAGCGCUGCUUACCAAAACAUUGCCAACGGCCCCGCUGCCGAGAAGGCCAGAAUCGAGGGCGAGAAGACCUCGCAGGAGUUCUCCAACCUGAUGGACUCCAAGAGAGUACCUGAGCAGCCUGCAGCCACCGGCCAGCCCCUGACUCACUACCACUCGUUCUUCUACAACCUCCUCAGCUGGGAGAACCCCCGUGUCACCACCAUCUCCUUCGCCUCGAUCCUUACCUUUAUCUUCUUCACUCGCUACGUGCCCAUCCUCAAGUACCUUUUCAAGGCGCUCUACAUCGUCCUCGGCAUUACUGCUGCCGCUGAAGUCGUGGGCAAGCUUGUCAUGAACCGUGGCUUCGCCUCGCAGAUGCGUCCCCGCAAGUACUACACCAUCCCCCGUGAGACCCUCGAGGCCUCUCUGGAUGAUGUUGAGCAGCUCAUCAACUUCUUCGUCAUUGAGUUCCAGCGCAUUAUGUUCGGCGAGAACGUCUUCGUCACCGUUGCUGCCUUCUUCAUCACCUUCAUCUCCUACUUCCUCGUCAAGAUCAUGCCCACCUGGGGUCUUGCUCUUCUCUUCACCACUCUGAUCUACACCGUCCCUCUCAUCUACAUCAACAACCGCGAGGUCAUUGACGCUCAGAUCGAGAAUGCUAGCACCAUGGUCAACGAGCAGACUCAGCAGAUCCGCACCAUUGCUGCCGAGCAGACCCAGCACGCCACUGACAUUGCAAAGAGCACCGCCACUGAUCUCUCCAACCGCGCCUCUGAGCUCAUCGGUCAGGCCAAGCAGCGUGCCGGUCAGGCUGAUGCCCCCAACCCUGCCAACCUGAACCCCGCCAAGGACGAGCCCGAGAGAGAGAUCAGAAAGGAGGACAUCCAGAAGACCGCCAACGACCUCACCAACAAGGCCGCCGCCACCGCCCAGGAUGCUGCUAACAAGACCUCCGCCAUCGCUCAGGACGCCGCCAACAAGACUUCCGCUACUGCUCAGUCUGCCGCCGACAAGACCUCUUCAAGCACCGCCUCUCAGAGCAUUGACAGCUCCACCGAGCCCUUGACCGAGUUCAACGCCCCCAGCGUCCCCACCACCGAGCCCAGCGCUGCCGCUCACACUCAGCCCAUCCUCCGUGACGAGGCUGUCUACCACGAGAACGCGGCACCCGAGCAGAUCAGAUCUGAGGCUCCUCUUCUGUAA